AUGACAAUGAAAUAUACAAAUUCUAAUGGUAACAUCACUCUAUUGAAUAUCAUCAUAGCAAGUGCAAUAAUAGCCGUUAAUUAUCUUCAGUCAUUAAUUACAAAAAGAAUUGCAAAGAAGAAUUUUUUCGAUUUUAUGUCUCAUUAA